AUGGGAUUUGGAUUUUGGGGACCCUCGAAGGGUCCAGCACGAGCACAGUCAGAUCUGGCUAACAAGGUUCAAGAUCCUCGUACACCUCUGGCCUAUCAGGUCCGGCCAGUAAAAGCCGAAGUGCCACAAUCCGGUCCACGGGUACCGUAUAGCCACGAGCUUGUUACUCGCGCCGAGGUUGAAAAGCAUCUUCAAAACGCACCCGCACCUAUCGCGGACCCAGGGCCAGAGUCAGCUCUCAAGAAGUUGGGCCUUGGGCCGCGGCAUCGUGGCCCGAGAGACUUGACCCGCCCAUAG